UUGCGGAUCUCAGCUGUGUCAAUUUCAUAAACACUGUGAAAAUGCAGAAGCCACAACAAAGUCUGUGCUGGAUAUUGCUCCUUCUGGGCUCGCUGAUCGCCACUUUCAUGCUCGCCUUCAGCUACUGGAUGUUUGUGCCGCGCGAGGAGCCACUUUGGUCCAUUAUAUCCAAGAAUUACGGCGGUACUGGGAUCAAGUUCUCCCUGCCGCCAUCUACUCUACCUGAGGAACUGAAGCUCAGGCCAAGACCCCCGUUCGUUUACCAGAUAUUACACUAAUAGAAGUACAAUAUAGUGUUUAUAUGCUAUGUAAUCUUACGCUAGUUUAACAAUAAAUUACAUGUACAGAGAA